GCGUCAGAUGGUAUUCGGAGUCUCAAGUUACGCUUGGAGCUGGUGAUUUGAGUUAUGGAAACCUUUAUGAGUUGACUACUGACUGAUGACUUCGGGAUAGACUCUGGUAUGGAGCUAUUUUCCAGCCUCAAUAACCGGCUUCUGUGGCGGUGGUCGCACGAGCCGUCACUAGAUUUCUUCUCAGACGUGUUUCGUCGCGGUUAACAUAUUGACUCGCAGAGUAUCCGCAAGCACCGUCACGCAUUAUGUGAACUGCUGGCGCUGCAUCGAGCAGGAGAGCCGAUUCGUCAGCAGGUUGAGGAAAUGGUCGCAGGAGCUUUAGCGGAUUCCGUGUUGUAAAAAGCAAUUCCGUAGAUUAAAGCCCGAAGGUGACGUUAACAGCGCUCCGGGAUUCACGGAAGCCAUGGCUGCAGGAAUCGUUGCGGAUCCCGUCGCCGCGCGAAGCGUCGGACCCGUGGAGUCCUCUCCACUUGGAUGGCCGCUGUAUAGGGGAGAGAAGUUGACACCUGUUUCUCGUGCCACGCCCGACCGCCGUAACUUAUUUAUCGACGCAGGAAGGCGACGCGAUAGGGUUAGGGACGAGCGCGACUGGUCCCGCGAAGGCGGGGCUGGCGAAAGGAGGGUAGCGCCACGUGGCACGCAGGAAGGCGAAGGUCAGCGCAAGCAGUCUCCACGUGGCAGUUCUGGAUUCGGCGGUGCCAACUCAGAGGUUUCUCCGAGGGAGCGGAAGCGGUACAGCUAUCGGGAGUUCAAUCCUCCUACCUCCUUUCCUUCUGGAACCAGCCGCACCACCCCUCCCCCUGCCCCUCCCCCCGACGUCCCUCCGCCUCUCGCUAUCCCCAUCCCCUUCCUCAACUUCCGCCGACGCUCUCGCUCCCCUAACCCCGCGCGCUCCCCCUCCCCCACCGGCGCACGCUCCCGCUCCCGCUCUCGUUCGCGCUCCCCGCACCGGCCCUGGCUCUGGUUUUCCUCCAACGCGGAACACUCUCCGCGCCAACCCCGUUCCCCUGGCCCUGUCCGCGACCCCGCGGCCGGCGCAUCCACCUUCCGCCAAGCAUCUCCCCGCGGGGACCCGCUUCACCAGGACCCUUCCGCCGGAGCUCCCCCCGUCGCCGCCGCUGCAGGCCCCUUUUCCGUGGCUGCUGCGCGGGUGACGGGCUUCUUCGGAAGAUCGCACGUCCGAAGCAGUUCUCCACGUCCGGCCCGAGCCAGGCCGCCCGAGCCUGAGGCGCAGGUAUGGGAUUACCCCGCCCCUGCCACGAGAGAGCUGGUGUCGUUCCGCGACCUGGUGGCGGGCGCGCGAGAGAGGGCGCACGCUAAGGGGCAAGCGGAGAGUGCCACUAACGCGGAUGCGGGGUUGUAUUCAGGCCAGUCGAUGGGCCACCAGCACGCGGAGUCGAAUUCUCGUGAUGUUACAGCGGGUAUUGACGUGGACGAAUCGUUUGUAGAGCCUGUGCUGCGCUCUGACAGGGCAGCCGGAAAAUUGCGCCUGAUUCCGCCACUUUCCGCUUUUAGCAUGCCUGGUGCUGCUGCUGCUGCUGCUGCUGCUGCUGCUGCUGCUGCUGGUGCUAGUAGUGCUGGCAGUGCUGGUGGCGAUGGCAGUGGUGCUGGUGUCAGUGGUGGGCGUGGUGGUAGCAGCGUUGGUGUUGGUGGCAACAGCAGGGGAGGAGGCGUUUCUGGUGGGGCGGAGAGGGAGGAAGCAGGGUGGGAGGAGGAGGGGCCGUCGAGUCAAGAGGAGGAUAACCCCUAUCUGAAGCCCGGGGUUUCUUACUACAGCAGCGUUACGAUCCCAAGGGUGAGGCAGGGAGAGUCGUCCCCGGACGGGAGGCAGGGAGGGGUGUCUCCUGACGGCGGCAGCACUGACAGUCACUUAGACGCAUCCUUCCCCCUGCCUCUGCCGCACACCUACCAUCCCAAUGAUAUCACCUACGGCGUUGAGAACUCGCCGUCGCCCAUCUUGUUCUCCCCGCCCCACCCCUCUCACCCUCACAACCCUGCACACCCGUCGCACCCCGCACACCAUUCGGCACACCACGCCUCUUCAGACCAGGGAGCUGAUCCCUACCGAGAUGACUCCCAGCACUACCAAUCCCUACAGCACGCACAGCAGCAGCAGCCGCAAGCGUAUCAAGGCCCCUCCCAGCAGCACCAGCAGCAGCAGCACGUGCCCCCAGCGGCGUAUCUCCUGCGCAAGACGCCAUCUGCGCUCAACCGCUUCUCCCUGCCGCGGAAGCCGGGGGAAGAGGAGGAGCAAGCCCAGGGCGCGGGGUCCGGGCGCCACGCAGAGAGCGGGGUGGGUCGGUCGGAAACCAUGGCGGGGCGGUCGAGGAGCAAAGGCAGCAGCCGGUGCUGCAGAGGUGGGGUGGAGACAGGUGGCGAGCAGGGGCAGGGACAGCAGGGGCAAGGGCAGCAGUGGGAGGAGGCGAAUGGGCAGUUGGAGAGUGAGGAGGAGGAAGAGGGGGAGGGGGAUGGAGUGAGUGAGGUGCCGUUUCAUGCGAUAGUGGCCGGGUGCAAGGCUGAGGUCGGAUUCGUCUCUCUCCAUGUCGCUAAAGUCACUCUCUGUACCGUCACAUGGGUCAGUCCAGCAACCCCCGUCCGCAGCUGACUCGCAAGCACAAUCCGACUCCUCCUCCCACUCUCACUCGCUCCCUCACUCUCACUCUCAACACUCUCACUCCCACCACUCACACUCGCACACUCUCCAGCCACCCCACUCCCACUCCCACUCUCUCCCCUCCAGCGGCUCCCUCCCCCCGAGCAGCCUGCUGCGCGCCCCCAGCAACGUUCUACCAGCAGCCAGCAACAUCCUGCCGUCCAGCGGCCCUCUGCCCUCUAGCGGCUCUCUCCCCCCUCUCUCCCCGGCUCGCUGCCUACUAGCGGCGCUAUUCCCGCCUCUCUCCCUACCAGCGGCCCUAUUGCCCUCACCCCAUCCGCCCAAUCCGCCCAAUCCGCCCAAUCCGCCUCCUCUGCUGACGUGGUUCCAUCCCUGGUAUCCUUCGUGCCUCUCCCCCUGAGCUCGUACAGCGGGAGCGG